AUGUCGGCUAUUGCAGAGAUACCCUCACUCAAAUGGACGAAACGAGCGUCCGCCGGCAGCGAUGAAACGAUACGUCGAAAGUCUCCUCGUAACUCGAGGAGCGGCGAUUUUACUGCUUCGAGGAUUGCGCUGCGGACCGAAGAAGAGCAACACGCAGCAGUCCGGGAACGCGAGGAGCAAGAACGCCGCGAUGCUCGUCGCAAGUCACUCGCAACUCGGAGGGUAUCUUUCGCCGCAGAAGCUACUCUUCAUACUUUUCAUGACAUAGAUAUGCAAGACUCGACUGCUUCGACGGAUUAUUCAACUCGCAGAUCAUCGAAUGUCACGGGUGCUCACCAUGUAGCCUCUCAACAACGGCGCAAUUCAGCAGUCAACACAACUGGAUAUGAAGAUGAUGGUAGUGCUACCUCCAUAAUAUAUAGCGACGAUUCGGAGCCUGCGGAUGGUGUGGAAGAAGUGGAGGAUGCGGAGGAAGACGAAAUGUCAAAUAGCGACUCAGACGAUGGAACGAUGAUGACGAUUGACACCGAAGAAGUUACUGGAACUACGGUUGCCUCAGAUCGAUCGGCCCCGUUCGAUGAUGAAUCCUCUACACUUGAGGAGGCGCUCAGACUUGCUGCUGAACGAGCAGGUACGCAUCGUCUUGACGACUACUUCGAUGAAGAGGCCGAGGAGGAUGAGGAAGAGGAUGAGGAAGAAGUCAUUCCAUCGUUUGGUUGGAUUAGAAAAAAUACACAGGGGCAGAGCAGUACCUCGACAACUGCGGCCCCAAGGCGGAGCUAUUCGAAUAACGAAGCGACAGAAGCUGGAAUGGAAAUGGACAUGACUCAUAAUAUGGGACGUAUUAUUACGUCUCAUGAAGCAAGUGAAUCCGAGAAUGAGGCAGAGAUGUCUAUGGAUGUCACAAAAGCCCUCGGAGGCAUCUUGUCUGCUCAAUCUCCGGAAAGCAGCCCCAUCCGAGACGUACCAAAUGAUACCCCCCAACGAGAUGAAGCGACAAUGGAGUUUACGACAGCGCUGGGUGGUAUCCGGUCUGCUAGCCAUAUCGAUACGACAGAUGACUUUGCCAGUGACGAAGAAAUGUCUAUGGAAUUUACAAUGGCCAUGGGCGGUGUCCUUGGCAACAAUAAGCGCAAGAGUAUCGAUGCUACCCGUCGUCGUACUCUCAUCCAGCUUGAGGAAGCCGACCUGACUAUGGACAUGACAACCAGCGUUGGCCGCAUUUUAUCCAAUGAAUCUCGCGGCAAUAGCGCCAAUGAUUUCCAGGGCGGUGACGAUGACACCAGUGCCGAUAUGGAACUGACGGGAGGCAUGGAUAUGACUGCGGCCAUGGGAGGCAUCUUGAACAGCCAAGGGCGACGCAGCCUUGGCAGACAAAUUAUGCUGGAAGAAGCGAACAAGCCAGAUAGUCCGGGGACUGCGAUCUUCAACGCCAUUUCGAAGCCACCACCAAGGCGAAGAUCGUCUCGCAUUGCGGUUUCUGAAAGCCCAAACCUCGGCACCGAUCUCCUUCCCUUGCGCGGUAAAAUACCAACCUCCGAAGAGCAGAGAACACCGCAACCCAAUACACAAUCGUCUUCUCCAACAAGGCAGCCCGCCUCGCAACGAGAAAAAGCGGCUCGCAAAUCAAGCCCCCAAGCGCCAAAAAAUUCUCGGAGGCGAUCAAGCAGACUCUCUCCCUCGAAGUCUCCGGCGAAAUCACCAGGGAAAUCACCAAGCAAAGCUUCCAGCAAUAUAACGCCCGUGCCUCGUCGACAGCUAGAAUCGGCGAAGCAACCCCCCGCAAGCUAUGCCACCCCAGAGGCUCGCCGUGUGUCGGGCGUUGGCGCUGAUCGAAAUGGCUUGGGGUCGCCGCGAAUUGCCGAAGUGAUGGACCGUCGAAGUUCGAUCGGGGACUCUGCAAGCAAGUUUGUACCUGGCAACCGUUUGAUAUCAUUCGAAGACCCACAAGCUCUCUCCAAAGAGGUUGACGAUGAACGAAGUCGCGAUGAAGAACGUGAGCGUGCGAUCCCAAGAUUUGCCCUGCUGGACAAAGAAAAAGAUGUGACUCUCAACUUGAGGGAGAUGAUAGACAGUCUAAGCCCUACUCGAAAACCACUCAAGGGACGCAAGAGUCUACAUCUGGGCAGUGCCAAAGGUCUCCUUGGCAAGCGUCCUAUGGAGCUCGAUGACGAGGACUUGGAAGAAAACGACGGUGUUAAGCGCCUCCGUGGUCACCAGGGAAGCCCUGUCAAGAACGUUCGACUGCAACAGCCAACAAAAACGGGUGGUAUUUCUGGUGAUCUCUCUGAGUUCCGUGCUAGGAUAGCUGCACCAGAUCUACAUCACACUCUUUCAUCACCGUUGAAGGCCACCCAAGCGACUACGCCUCGUAAAGAGGCACUAUUUAAUAUGAAAGCGAAUCAUACAGUACAUGGAACGAAUAUUGAUCCUGUCGAACAGAGCCACCUGGAGGAAAACGAGGGCAAUCGGAUCGACUUGCAGGAUUUCUUGAACAUGAUUUCUAUUCGCUUCAUGGAAUUGCAAACGACGAAGCGACGACAUACUACUGCCCCCGGAACUCUACAAGACGGCACUACUGCCGAUGGCGAGGAUGACAUGUCAUUGGAGCGCUGUGUGGUAGCGAGUGCUUGCACUGUGCCGAUGCUGGAGCUCUAUCAACACUCUUGCCGGCGCCGAAUGGUCAAGGAAAUCGAGGCAGAUACUCUUGAAGACAACCCGCCAUUGUUCCAAGAGUAUAUAUCUGCGGCGCCGGAUGUCAAAGCCUUGAUGGACAACCAGUUCAAGAACGUCAAGACACAUGCUCGCCUUCUGAGUAAAGCCAUGUGGUAUGAGUGGAGAAUGAAGCUUCAAGAAGGGCUCCGAGAGGGAUUGGUGAAGAUUUCGACUGACAUGGAUGUUGACUACCGAGCUCUGCAAGAACAGAUGGUCAUGUUAGAUUCGGUAUUACCCGAGCUAACAGCAUCUUACGCAGGGCUGGAGGAGGAGCGUGAGGCUUUGGAGGAGGCCGCCCAGGAGAUCGCCGACUGCGAUCCUGCAGAGCUCAAUUCCGCCCGCCAAGAACUUGUGUGUUUGGAUGCCGAUAUCGAAGCAAAGAAGAAGCUCAUUUCUGGAUUACGGCUCCAGUUCGAAGCUGCCCAAACAAGCAGUGAAUCACUGUCUGCCAAGAAGCUCAGCUGCUUAGCCGACAUCGCGCAAUCAGAAAAGGUCAGGGAAAAUUGCCGUGGCUGGAGUAGCGCCGAAGUCAAUAGUCUCAAAGGGCGCGUGGACGCACUUGAGAAGAAACUGGGUUGGGCGGUGACGGGUGUCCACGGAACGACCUUGUCCAUGGCCUACAAGCGUGAGAUUGAGAUUGUCUUUGACGUGACAUCAUUUCAACAAGGCGGAACGAAUUCGCAAAUCGACUUGUGGUAUAUUGCUGAUUGCCGAGAGAAAGAUCCUGUUCCUCGAAGCGCUGAGAAAGAUUUUUUCUUGCAGUGCAUUCGAGACUACAUCCGAGCACUGCAACAGAGUACCACCACAAUUUCCGAGCUACUCCAUGUCGUGCAGCAGUCAUGGAACAGCGCGACUAAGGUCUCGUCUCAGAUCCGGCGCGUCAAUUCCACGUUUCCGACGCAGGUUCGGAAGACGUCUGAUUCGAGUAUCGAGGUUGUCACGUCCCUACUAGUAGUACCUUUACGUACAAGGGUGCAAGUGACUCUGGCAUUCGAGAACCAGAACGCCACGAAGGGGCUGGAUAUGAAUAUAGUCUCGUCGGUGGCGGUUGUGUAUGGAGAGCAUUUCAACGUGAAUAAGAUUGGAGAGUUCUUGGCAUCAAGGAUUGGACAGCAUAUGGGGGAAAUGGAGGAGAACUGGAGCGAUAUCUUUGUCGAGCUGCACCGGCGACUGGUCGCUCGAGGCCGAAAAUAG